AAGGCGAGGGCAGCAGGAGGAGGAGGAGGAGGAGAGAGAGGGGGGAGGAGGAGGAGGAGGGAGGGAGGGGCGGUUGGAGGGCCAGCGAUGGCGGCUCCAGAGCAACCGGAGGCUGAGAUAGAGGAGGCUGGACAGGUGUUCCUCUUGCUGAAGAAGAACUAUCGAAUUUCACGUAAUGUGCGACUAGCUUGGUUUCUCGGUCGUUUGCAUCAGGUUGUCUGCUCGAUGUCUGAAGCUGAAUUGGCAAAGUCAGAUAGUGAGUUAGAUAUUCUCAGCAUUCUACCAAACAGCUGGCAACCUGAUGAGCCUUUGCAAACUAAGCCGUACCUCCUGGUGCCUUCAACACAUGUCACUUUCCUUGCACACCGGUACCGUUUUGUGAUUGAACUGGAUUUGAGUCCAUCUACAGGGAUUGUAGAUGACUCUCCUGGGGAGAUAAUUUUUGAUGAAGUCUUCUAUGCACUCUCAAGGUGUUUAGGAGGAUUGUUAAAGCCCUUUAGAAUCCCAGGUUCUGAUAUUAUAUUCCAGCCUGAGAUUUUCAUCACUAUCCAAGCAUAUUCUUCUAUCAUUAGCCUACAGAUGCAUCAGGUGCUGUUCCAAGGUUGCCUGUCAAAUGGAACAAAGACAGAAACCUUUUUGAACCAGGUUUAUACACAAUUGUGCGCCUUUGAAAACAAAGUGGCUGAGAUGCUCCAGCACCAAUAUGAGGCCAAAACUCAGGCAGACUUGUCAUCUCUUAACCAGGAGCAUGUUUGUGACUCUCAGGAAAUGCCAGGGAAGAAGUUGGGGGUUUCAAUGGUUACAGCUGAUGUUGGGCUUGUCAGUAUGAUUCGACAGGGAAUUUUGGCAUUGCAGCUGCUUCCUUCCAACUCCACUGCAGGGAUCAUUGUGAUCACAGAUGGUGUUACCAGUGUGCCAGAUGUAGCAGUCUGUGAGACUCUGCUCAAUCAACUACGCAGUGGGACUGUAGCCUGCUCUUUUAUUCAGGUGGGAGGAGUCUAUUCUUAUGACUGCAGUUUUGGUCAUGUUCCUAAUGUUGAGCUCAUGAAGUUCAUUGCAAUGGCAACAUUUGGCACAUACCUUUCCACGUGUCCUGAAGUUGAGCCUUCUAGUUUGGACAUGAACGUCUACCAUAAAGCUUUUCUCCCAUAUUCCUUUCUGCGCAGUGGGGAAUCCUUGAAUCCUGAAUAUUACUGUGUCUCCCAGCACAGAUUAUUCAAUGAACAUCUUGUUUCUGCAAGCAGCAACCCAGCCCUUGCCUUGAGGCGAAAAAAGCAUACAGAAAAGGAGGUCCAUGCUGAUCUUAUUAGUAUAGUCUCUGUGCGGCUACGAGAAGGCUAUAGUAUCCGUGAGGUCAAUAUUACAAAAGGUGGCACACAACUAGAAGUGAAGCUCAUCUUGCUAUGGAAGCACAAUAUGAGAAUUGAGUAUUUGGCGGUGGCCCCCUGGCCCCUAGAUCCUUCGAAACGUAGCACCUGGGUGGAAGUGACUAUGGAGGGCAGCUAUGACAUUUUGCACGACAUCAGCUGCACUGUACGCAAGCCCAUCACCAGCCUCUAUCGCACGACUGUGAUACGCCGAUUCUGGAACACCCUGCAAAGUAUCAACCAAACUGAUCAGAUGCUGGUUCAUCUGCAGUCAUUUGACAGCGUCCCAGAGCAUUUCACCAUUCCUGAAAGCACUCGAAAUGGAGUGCCACUGUUCUAUAUUCCUCCAGGAUCUACUACACCGGUCCUGUCCUUGCAGCACAGUAGCUCAGACUCCAGUCACUCACAGUUUGCAGCCUACUGGAAGCCUAUCCUAUCAAUGGAUGCCAAUCUCUGGCAGAGGUGGUUGCACAUGCACCGCAUUGUUAUCCUCUUGGAACAUGACAUGCCAAUCCCAAAGCAUUUGCACACCCCAGGCAACAAUGGUCGUUACAGCACCAUCCAGUGUCGCAUUUCCCAUUCAGCUCUGACUUCUUUGCUGCGUGACUGGAGUAGCUUUGUGCUGGUGGAAGGCUACUCUUAUGUCAAACUCAUGCACAGCUCUGAAGAUCUGUCUCCUUUUUCAUUUUAUGUGGUGAGGAUUAUUUCCAAAGCUCCCUGCAUGGUUCUUCGGCUGGGUUUCCCCAUUGGGACACUUGCAAAACUCAGGAAUAAAAUAGUAGAAGAACUGAGAGACUGUAUCCUUCAGCUACGUUUCCCCCACAGAGUACAGAGCAAAGAGGCAACUCCAAAAGUAAAGCGAAAGGUCCUUGGCAGCAGUUCCCCAUCAAAAUCAUCUUGUUUGCCUAUGGCCCAGCCACCCCUCUCAGACAGACCUUGCCUUAUAGUAUUGCAUAAACCUCUAGAAAAACUCCUUAUCAGAUACGAAAAGCUGCCCUCUGACUAUCAUGUUCCAUGUCUUUUACCCUUGGAGAAUCCUCCCAUGUCAGGUCCUCUUACUAUGGUGGCCAAUCGCACAGCUUCCUCUACCCUGGCCUCCUUAUCUCGCUACUUUUAUCACCAGCGCUGGAUCUGGUGUGUACAGUCAGGGCUGGUCCCAGCAGUGCCCAUCACAGCUGUGGCCCAACUACUGUCCACUCUCACUGAGAUACGCUUGUCUGAAGGCUUCCAUUUUGCUUCCAGUGGUGAAGGGAUUGUCAGUAUGGUCCAAGAAUUACCUAUGAAGAGUGACUCCACAAAAGUGAGUGGCAAUGAGAAGCAUACCUGCAUUGUCCAAUAUGUGAUAUUCCCGCCACAUACUACAUCUACCAAAGACAGUUUCUCUACAGAUGAAGAUAAUGAUACAGAAGUGGAGGCAAUUGAGGUGGACAUGGAAUUGAACAUUGUCACAGAAUGCUGGAUUGAACCUCAAAGCGGCUAUGUGGAUGGUGUUCAGGAGAGUUGGCAGUACCUACAUGGCUUAUCCUACCAGAAAAUCCCCAAAGCGAUCUAUCCUCGAGAUCUAUCCUGCAUCCAUACUGUGCUUGCUUUUGAGUACAUCAGCCAACUUUGCCAAAAUAAGGACUGGGUUUUUCCAGCAUGCGAUUUAAGGCCCGUUGCUGUUGAAGGUCGUGAUGCUCAAAGUGGCUCCCGUAUACAUGAGAUUCCUUUCCAGUUUGACCUCAUGAAACUUUUACCAAAAUGCCAGCAAAUUGAGAUGGUUUUUUUGAUGCUGACAAGAGCAAAUGAUGGAAUCAUAAAGGAUUCUUCUUUCUUGCCCAAUGAAAUGCUUCUUGGCCUUUUUCAUGGCUGUCUCCAGCAUGACCUCAGUGACAGGGAAAUCACACUAUUGGACACAGAUCAUUUAACUUUCAUGGAGCAGGUGCUUCAGCGAGACAGAGAUGGACACCCACCCCCAUUUAAGCUCUCUACUGUCCAAGAACUCCCAAAGGCUUCCGUUCCUUCUGAAUGCCAGAAUCCGAAAAAUACUUAUCACUCUUUUGGCAACAAAGAUACAGCUACUUCUGCAAGUACAUAUCAGGCUCCAGUUAAUAUAAAGGAGUCAAAAAAUGAUAUCUCACCAACAUCUGUUACAUUCUUUCCCCAAUGGAGAUGUUAUGCCAAGCUGGUAAAUCCACAGCAUCUUUUCCUUACCUUCUUGCCAGCGAUGUUCUCAGAUGUACAGAGAUUGAUGACUUCUGGGCCAGACCAAACCUCAAAAGAGACAGACCUUACAUUGCCCCAAGAAGCCCAAGAGCUGAAGCCUAUGGCCUUGCUUCCAGCUGUCAGCAUAACACCAGCUGAUGAAACUGGCCAGACUAUAGGAGAUCCAGAUGCUGGAUCCAAAAAAGAAGGACGCAUCUCCUUCGGCCGUCAAGCAUCUCAGCCUGACCUGGGUGAGAACUGCCGAAUUCGCUGUCCUGUCUUUGUCUACAGUUGCUCCUUGGAGGUGCUACGGGAGCAGAUGAUAAAUUCUAGGACAGAAAAAUAUCUACGGGAUAUCUUUUUCAGAAACCAGUCUGUGGAGCGCCCCACUAGUGCUCCUUGGUUAGAUUCCAAGCACAAGGAAGUGGUGAGUUACUGCACUUUGCUACAGGAACAUUCUCACCAGUGCUAUGUGAAAGGACUAUUUCGGAGUCUUCAGCAGGGUCACAACAUCAGCUCUCCUGAUUUGCUAAUAGCCAUGGAUUAUUGUGAGGAACUUCUGCAGGAGAUCGAUAUCACUCGCUUCCUGAUGACACUAUGUAGUCAUGUGCGCACCUUCUGUGAGCGCCACCAGCAGCAACUGCUUGUCAGCUUAGAAGGAAAUCAAGCAUCCAAACCACGUGGCAUACUAACUUCAGUUUCCAGUGCUGAAACAGAGGAUUUCAGUGAAGCAGAUUCCCAUGGCUCUGCCUGUCCUUCCCAAGAGCCCCACCAAAGCUGUGACUCAGAAUUCCCUCUCUCGCUACUAGACAGCAAACAACCUUGCCAAGUACAACCUGACUUACAAGGGAUCAUCCAGGAGAAAUUCUUGGAAAUUAGCAGCUUAUAUUUUAAGCCAGUGCCAUCCAACCCCCAUUACUAUUUCUAUUGCCCGCCUUCCAGCAAAAAAGAGGAAGAGGUUUCACGGGACCAUCAAGACAGAAAAGGCAGCGAAGAUGUGGAGAGUUCAGAAAAUGAUCUGGCAACUGAUGAAGGGAAUACAUCCAGCUAUGCCAUUGGCACCGAGAGUGACCCAGAACUGGAGGUAGAAUAUCGGGAGCGCUUGGACCAAGAAUUUUUAGAAGCAGGCUCCUUGUCAGACUCCAACACUGUUAACCAGGAUGACGACUCCUUCAGUGUCCUGGGAGACUCCCUGGCAGAACAGGAACUUCUGGAGCAAGACAUGCCUCCCCUCUUUAUGCACUUGACCUGUUCUGUGAAGCUACGCAGCCAGCACUGUUCCAUGCCUGUUUGCUCACUACCUACCUGCCUAGGAGAUGUGCUGGGCGGCCUUGAAAGCUCUAAGGCACUUCACACAAUUGACCUUUCUGACCUUUGUGUGACCCUUGACAUUUUUGUCCUGACUGUUCCUCUGGAGAUCGAAAUGGUGAAUGAUUUACAUCACAAUAGAUACACCUCUGAGAGCAGCGUCUCCUUCACCCGUUCCCCAGGACAGCCUUCUUCUUUCCGUUCAGAUGAUGAGCUUAUGCACACUUUGGACAGAAUGCCAUCCUCCUCCACCGACUGGCAUCCAGCACUCUCCAAUCUUCCUGCAGUGCACAGGCAAGCUGUUGAAGCCACUAUGACAGAAAUCCGUUGGCUCCUGGAUGAUGAGAUUGUGUCAGCAUUGCGUUACUCACAGCCUGUCACUGCUAGUAUCUUGAGUCAAGCAGCUUCUCACAUCUACAGUUCCCAAGGCCGCCCAAGCUGCCAUUGUGAGGUGGUCCCUCUGCAAUUUGUAUUUGGGCCUGAGAAUUCUCUGGAGAGGUUUCGUGAGGAGUUCCAGAAAAUGCCCUUACCUGGCUAUGUCCUCAAUCCUGAGGGGAGUGAUUUCUACUAUGCAUCUGUCAGUCGCCUACAUGCCUCAGUAAGUGGACCCAGCCUUUCUGUUACUCUUGAGAGCACUAUGACAGGAGGCCGGUGUGACAGCAGCAGCAAAACAGAAGGCUCCCUACCCUGUUCUACUCCCCCCGACGAAGCUCAAAGUCUCUGGGCAUGGUCAGCAAAUGAAAACAAGACUGGAGAAUGUCUGGGCAUAAGUAACCAAGUACCUGUUGAGGUGUCAGACCAAUUAACAUCUGUGGAUCAGCAGACCAGUAUUUUGGAGCAGGGUUGUCCAGCUGAGGAAACUACUUUGACGCAGGUGCAACCUCAGGCCUCCUUUUCAGACAAGUGGAGCAGUGAGCAAUCUCUGUUAGCUACACCAUCUGCACCAAAUUUAACAGAAUCUGUGAUCCCCAGCAAGGAAGGUUGUUAUAGGAAGCAACAGCUUAGUCAAGUGCAAAGUUUGGUGUCAAGCCAGGGAAGCAUGGAUUCUGAUCUUCUUGGAUAUGAUGGAGGUAGCAGUGAUUCUGAAGGCGAGGAGGCAGUGAUGAGUGACCUAGAAUCCAGGUGCCCUCUGAUACCUGACUUCUGGCUGAUCAUCAAGAUUCACCAGGAUCGGGUUGAAGUUUAUUCCCAUACGCGCAGCUACAAUGCAAUAAAAGCAACACAAAAUGAGGAAGGAGAAUGCAUUCAACUUCACCGGACAAUGGUAAAGAAGGUUGGAGAAAUUUGUCGUGUUGUUAACCAGCGAUUGCUGCUACAAGAUCUGCAUGAUAGCCACAUUUGUAAUUCUCUGUUGGUUGCUGAGAGUGAGGAGGACAUCUGGAAAAGUGAAACACCUUAUACCUAUCGGCAGCGCACUGGGCCUGAUGAUUAUCCAGGAGAGGAAAGCUAUCAGCCCCGCGACUAUCUUGCAGCCACUAUGCAGUUCAUACCUGGACAUUUUGCCUGUGAUGCAGUCUGGAGUACCACAAUCCACGUGCAUUCAAGGCUCAAGAUGGGGCCCAAUAUGGGUGUCGCCCGCGCUAUCCAAGCCCUGCGCUCUGUGCUCAAUGCUUUCUCGGUUGUGAACAGGAAAAAUAUGUUUGUUUACCAGGAGCGUGCAACCAAGUCUGUUUUUUAUUUACGGCUCUCCGAAACCACUUCUGGUGGGAAGGCUGGGGAAAAUGAAAUCCAAAAUCUUGUGUGCCGUUCACUGGCACUUUCACGCAGCCAGGAGCCCAUUUACACUGAAGACUUGAGUGGCUCUCACUCAUCCUUGGGAACAGCCUCUUGCCGCAGCGUGGAUUCAGCUCGUCCUAUAAGCCAAAUUGAUAGACACAUCCAACUAGUGGUUCAUGGAGUGGCACAAGCAGGACCUGAGAUCACAGAUGAGCUGGUGAAGGUUCUGCGUAGGCGUCUGGAUGAAGCCACCCUGGAUAUCAUCACAGUUAUGCUUGUGCGGAACUGCAAACUCACUCCAGCUGAUGUGGAGUUCAUACAACCUCCAGGCAGCCUGCCCACUGAAGUACUGCAAUUCACUCUUCCUACUUCAUGCCUGCCUUGGCUUCCAGCUGUAGCCUGCUAUCUGCGACAGAAUCUGCUGAUCUUUCUUCACACACCCAAAUACACAGACAGCAAUGUGGAGAACCAUUUCAAGCACUGCCUGAACCAGAAUAGCAGCAGCAACAGUCCUGACUUGGAUCUCUAUUUAUAUAAUAAGCCAGGAGGUCAAGGCACUGGUGGCAAAGGUGUCGCAUGCAUUGCCCUGUCCUUUGUGGAUUCCUGCAGAAAUCCCAUUUCACUGGCUCGCUGGGUGAGGCCCUCCACUGUCUUGCUGAGCACUUCAUUUCUUCCAGAGGCGGACUUUGAGAGCUUGACUACAGCCAACAAGCAUGAGAGUGAACCUGGCAAGUCACAGUCAGCUCUCUCUCCUCUAGUUCGCUUUGACAUCUGGGAGAAGGGAAACAUCAGUGUGUUGCAAUUGUCUGAAAGACUGCGCCAUGCCCUGCGCCAUGCCCUCUGUGAUGCCCUCAUGGAAUUUCAUGUGCUCCCCAAUCCGUUGUGUGUUGAGACAUCCACUGAGCUGGAGGAUCCGGAUAAUACUGGAGUCCUGCGCCGAACGAUGUCUGAAUCAAAAGGACUGACUCAGCAUGCCAGAGGCAGAGUAUGCCCUCCAUCUCUGCCCUUCUCAGUGCCCAGUUUGGGUGAACCUGUCACACCUACAAGCAAGAUGGGACGACGGAGCUUUUGGGAUAAGCUGAGCAAACCAGAGAUAGCAGAUCAAGGAAGCCCCAAGACUACAGAUGACAUUGUGUUGGAGCGCCCUGAAGAGAAUCGCAGUCGCCGUCGCCAUAAGACUGAAAGUGUCAAGCAACACUCAAGCCAGGAACGUGCUGCUUCUGAGCAGGAGCAGAGCCAAAGGCAAGCAUGCUAGCUUCCAUCCACAUCGUCUUCUAGGGACUUGUGGGAGGGCACCUUGGUUUUUUUUGAGAAAUGUCCUGGUGAAUUUUGUUCAGAUAUAUGUUGGCUUCUUCUCUAUAAAGGGUGUCCAUCAGUGCAACAGUGUGUCCUGGAAAGUGUCUCCCGCUUCCUGCUGCCUUCUAUCAUGCUGCAAGUAGUGAAUCUCGUCACUACUUUGGCAAGUGACACCACUGUCAAAGUGUUUGAAAAGGUCAGUGGUCCCCAAGGCGUGUCCUUUGUGCCGUAUUCUCUGACCCCAGGCACCAGUGCCCGACCGGCUGUUGUUCGACAAUUUAUUCUGCUUGGACGGAGCUUCCACCAGUGGCGCUGCAGCACAGAACAAGCUGUCAAAGGAUUCCAGCGCUUCGAGAGUACUGAGCUUAGCUCUCCAGAUAAAGGUUGUGAUGUUGCUCCCCGACAAAGAUUCCUCUUCAUGGAAAUCAUUGACAAAAAGUUGGUGUUGUACAUUUACAAUUGGUCCGUGGACCUGGGCAGUGCCCUGAACAACUCUCUCACUCGCCUACUACAGUGGCAGAAUGCUCGAGCCCACGUAGUACACUGCCUGCUUAGCCAGAAGCUUGGGCUGUUCCAUCAUUACUGUUAUAUGGACACCCCUUGGCACGAGGACAGCAAGCAGGAGCAAAAUCCCUUCCUAAACUCGACCCUGGAAAUUGAUGCCCUAAUCCGGAGCCCCAGUGUUCCUCCAAGCAAGGAGCAAGGACGCCUCAGCAGUUCUGCACGCAUCUUGCAGCCUUUGCACUUUCCCCCAGACAUGGUGCCCUUUGACGAAGCUCUGCGAGAUGUUUCGGUCAUCCAGCCUAUUGUUCAUAACCCAGAACAGGGUGUUCAUGACCCUGUAGCCCAGCAUGGAGCUCAGUUCCUAGAGAUCAAGAACACAGAGAGGAAAGAGCUGGAGAAACAGAUGAAGAUUGAGAACCUUUUUGUGACAUGGCAACAGCGUUCUGCUCAAUCCAACAUGCCCAUCAGUCUUGCAGACCUAGACACCCUGAAGCAGUCCUCACGCUUGGUCCAUUACUGUGCUACACCCCUGCUCUUUGAUCCAGGCUUCCGACAGCAGAUUCAGGCAGACCAACAAACCAAGCUGGAAGGCAAGAAGCGCCAUCGUUCCAAUGACUCCACAGCAUCUGGUAGGGACCGUAGCCACAGUUGUGACUCUGCAGAAGGGCUACCAUGUAAAUCCAAGGAUGAGGCCUGGCUGCUGGAACUAUGUCAUGCCUUUCUCCAGCAAUACAUACAGUAUCUGCAGAGCAUGGGCUUCAUCUUAGUACAGGUGCGCCCAGCCUCACCUGCUCGCAGCAGCACCAGUCGGAUUAGAGCUCUGGCAUCAAUGGCCGGUGAGACACGGGGCUCCUUCUCAUACUCCAGGCCAAAGGCGGAUGGGAGUCCAAAGACCAUGAACCCUCCUGUCACAGCAUACCAUUUGCAAAGAGCUUUGCCUGGGGGCAUUGUACUAAUGGAAUUGGCUUUCCAGGGAUGCUAUUUUUGCGUCAAACAGUAUGCACUGGAAUGCUCCCGAAUCCCCAUGGGCCAGACUGUCAACUCACAGCUUUCCAUGCUCUUCACAGAGGAGUGUGACAAAGUACGUGAUCUUAUGCACGUGCAUUCAUUCAGUUAUGAUUUUCACCUGCGUAUUGUGCACCAGUAUCUACUUGGAUCUCACAUGGCAUUACGGCAAGGUUAUCACCUCACAAGCUUCUUGGAAGACUUCAUCACCCAACAUCCUGACAUCCCCAAGUUUGGACGCAACCACAUUUUUCAGGGUACACUAGCUUUGCCUACCAACACCAUCACAGCCCAUCAGCUCUAUAAUUAUAUAACUGAUCAUGCCAGCACCUACCAUAUGAAACCCCUCCGCAUGGCCCGGCCAGGAACUAGCAAUGAGAGCAAGAAAGGGACUCCUAGCUCUGAGCAAAAUGAAUAUGCCCUGGUCUCCAUUUGGAACAGCUCUGGUUCCUACAAAGAUUCAGAGGGAUUGCGUCAUCAUGAUGAUUUUGAUGUGUCCCUGCUAGUGAGCCACAGUGCUGUGCCCUUUGAAGACCAGAGUGAGGCAGACCGACACAUGUUACGGUUGCAAUAUUACGUAAUCAUGACAAGCCAACGGGAGCUCUUCCCUCGACUAACGGCAGACAUGCGGCGCUUCAAAAAACUGCCACGCCUACAGCGAGAGGCACAAGAACCUCUCCUGGGACGCUCGGCAUGGGAGACAGCAGAGGGUGGCCAGCAGCGAAAGGAAGUUUCAGAUCCUUGGGAGGAGGUAGACGAUCAUGGCGAGUUCUAUGCAGGUGGCCCCCAGGUCAAGGUGGGCCCAGGACUCUUCUACACCUCCCCACUGUUUCCAUUACUUGCCUCGGAGGUUGCUGCCGCCCAGAAACAGCUCAGCACCAUGGUACAAUGUGCCAAGGGCCACUGUCGGCGGGACAACCUCUGGAAGAGGCUCUUCUUGCUGGAACCUCUGGCUUCUGACAAGCUGAAGCUGGGCAAGCUGUCUCUAAGUGAGCUGGAGGAGCUGUUGGAUGCUGUGCAUAAGAAGUCCAUUGCUGACAUUGAUCCCCAAUUGAGCUGCUUCCUCACUAUGACUGCCUCCUGGUACCAGAGUCUUAUCAAAGUCCUACUCAGUCGUUUCCCACAGAGUUGUCGCCAUUUCCAGCAUGCUGAUGCUGGUACCCAGUACCUGGUUGUUCUGAAUCAGAAAUUCACGGACUGUUUCGUGCUUGUAUUCCUUGAUUCGCAUUCAGGAAAAACAAGCCUGACAGUGGUCUUUCGAGAGCUGUUCCCAGUUCAACCCCAGGACAGUGAAAGCCCUCUGCCACAACUUGUAUCCACGUACCAUCACUUGGAAUCCGUUAUCAACACAGCUUGCUUCAACCUCUGGACAGGGCUGCUCUAGAAUCAUCCGGACCUUCUGACUGCUUCACAGGCAUCUACAACAAGCCCUAGAAUGGAGGUGCCCUGACAGGACUGCGAUCUGAGGCUGUAGCUUACUGGAUAAGAAGUCAGAACACUGAAUCUGACUAGGCCAAGAGGGGGAAUCAUGAAAACAGAGCAGUUCCAGGAAUCAAGGAAGCAACUUGGCUGGCCCACUUAAAAGGGCAGGUUAUGCUUAUCCAGAGAAAUUACUCUAGGAGGCAUCCGAAGGAUGGGCCAUGUUUCUGGGGGCUCUUCAAGAUGAAAGGCUAAAAGACUACUGGAGCCGCUGACCUGACCGAUCGGUUAGAGUGACACUAUUAAAGCAUAUUUGAAGGGAUCUGCACAAUGGCGGGAAUGUUUUAUAUGAGGUGAAUGUACAGUAAAUAAAUGGAUGACAUGAAUUUAUUUAUUAAAUAAAUUAAAUGGCUUACUAAGGACUUUGUUACAGAUUGCCCAACAGGCUGUUGCACUGAUCUUUAAGGAGAACCAGAGUAGACUUUUGUUUACUUGCCCAACAACAUUCUGUCAAGAUAGGUGGAAGCACUGCCAGAUUCUUAUCCUGUUGUUAUAUGAUAUGCUGAUGUAUUCUCUAAGACAACUGGCCUGGAUUCCCAUGAGUUCUGUCUAACACUUAUCAGAUCUUAAUGUUACAUAGUGGAUCCAGCUAUUUUUCUGAGUAGGACAUGAUGCAAUGAAAAGGCAAAUUUAAAAAAAUCAAGGAUUUUUUUUCUAGACCCACCAAGUGGCACUGUUGAGCUACAUCUGGAGUGACAUAACUCUUUCCUUUGGACCAAAUUGUUUCCCAUUAAUUGUUUGCAGGAAGAAAAGGGGAUGCCAGCAUCUUUUGGGGGUGCGUACCAUAAUUUUGCAUUCCUUUGGCCAGUCUUUGUUAUUGUAUUCAGAAUGUGGAGGUGCAAAUGAUUUGCAACUUUAAAAAAAGGAUCAAAGUAGAAUAUGUAAUUGAGCAAGAAAGCUCCCAGCAGGAAUGUCAUUUUUAUCAUGGAACACUGAGUGACAUAAUUUUCAGCUUUAAUCCAGGUAAAAACAAACAUACUUGAGCAUCUUACUUCACUAAGAAAUAUCAUCCUAUUAAUGUAAAAUAAUGGGAUG